UAUCUAAGUAAUCUAGUUGACGCAUUCGUUUCAUCAACGAAAGUAUUGGGUUUAAUAAACGUCGUAUCGUCAUCGCGUUAAUUGCUAACGGUUUAGUGGGGAAACAAUGAAAUGAAGUGGCUAAUAUUUCCAUGUUUUGUGCUACAUCUACUUGGACUGGUGUCUGCAAAUUACUUACCUGUAAUAAUUUGGGGUCCUCAUGUUCGACACGAAUCAGCAGUCGCAUUGAAAUCCCACUAUGGCUAUGAAUUUAUCGAUAUCUUGAGUAAACACUCAACGGUCGACACAAUUACUUUCAUCGUUGUUGAAGAUCAGCUUUCCGUUGAAGACUUGUCCCAUUGUAAAGCUCCGAAUGGGCAAACUUGCUUCAAAGGAAUGCAAAGCAUUGAAACGAAAUUAUAUCUCCCCAGUGUUGAAUACCCAGCGUAUGCAAUUCAAGACAGAGCACUAGAGGAAGCCGACAUGUUUGAAAUUGAUCUUCAGUCACGCGGUAAUUUCAGUGAAUCACUGAAGAAACGAACCGGAAAUUUUGUUUUCGUGAACUUUGGAGACGAUAAUUACACGAACGAAACGAUAUCGGAAAAACUAACACGUCACGACCAGAUGAUUACGUCAUUUUACAAAGAAUUUUUGUCGCAAAACGGUCGACGUGUAGUGGUUGUAUUCACCGGGAAACGAGGUGUAAAUCUUUUGCGGUUUUUGCGCGAAGCAUCGCCGUUCACAUAUUUCGAAGCAGAAAAUUCUACCGAUUCUACGAAUUCAACCAAUUCUACCACACAUGUUGGCUAUGUCUGGAAAACAGAGACAGUUUUGCUGUACUACACAUCCAUUGACCUUGAGAUAUCAAACAAAAGUACGUCGAUGAACGUGACAAACGUAACAGUACAAGCAACUAACGGGACAAAUACAACAGAGGCCAUCGAUGAUGUUCAAGAGAUACCACAGGCAGAUUUUUCAACAGAAAAUGAAGCAAAUAAUGGAACCAAUACGACCGUAGUUCAUACAGCUACACACCUGAUAAUAACGAUAACUGUGGACGAUGUGGAUAUCUUCAAAUUUGUUAUAACCACAGAUAACGGCUACUGGUCGGCUAAUCAAUUUACUUGGAACGACGUGCCACUUGUUCCAAGUAGACUAAUUUCCGCUGCAAGUGGUUUCUCUUACCACUGUACGCCAACAAUUACAUUAACCAGUCAGAAUGGAACUGCAAUUGGUCAAAACGAAACAGAAACUGAUCAAUAUGGAAGUGAAACUGACGGUCAAGAUGAAACUGAAGCGGAACGGAAUAGAACUGAAAUUGUUAUAAGUUGGAUAGGCCUUCAAUUGCAGCCAAAAUUUGAUUAUGUUGAAGGCAUAAAGUUGACGACUUUCAGCGAUGCUUACGAUUGUGUGGGCUUUGUUAGUACUGGUAUUUUGAGCGGUUUGUUCGUGGUUUUCUUGCUGGUGUUCAUUUUAUUCAUUGGUAUUUUGUGUAUAAUGGAUAUAAAACCGAUUGAUCGCUUUGAAGAUCCGAAAGGACCACAAAUUACGUUUACCGUUAAUGACUGAUUCGACGAUGAAAUUUAAGUAGUCUCCUUUUUGAUGUGUAAAAUUCAAAAUAUUAAAAUUCUGCGAAGAAAAUAUGAAACAAGUGCGAUCCACAGAA